AUGGCGCCGAUGUACGUGGUCAAGAGGGAUGGACAGAGUCAGGAGGUGAAGUUCGAUGCUAUCACGCGCCGCAUCAAAAAUCUUUGCGAUGGCUUGGACCCCCGCUUCGUGGACCCCGUGCCCGUCACGCAGAAGGUAGUGGAAGGCUUCUACAACGGCAUCUCCACAUCGGAGGUGGACACCUUGGCUGCCGAGACAUGCGCAUACAUGUCACAGAAGCACCCAGACUUCUCCACUUUGGCCGCACGCAUUGCUGUGUCGAACCUGCAUAAAAACACAUCGGACUCUUUCUAUGAGACGUGCAAGAUCUUGCACAACUACAUCGACAAGCAGGGCAGGCCUGCGGCUCUUUUGGCCAAGGACGUUUGGGAGUUCAUCCAGGCCAACGCGGAGGCUUUGGACCAAGCCAUCGACUACAAGCGGGACUUGGGCUACGACUACUUCGGAUUCAAGACCCUGGAGAAGUCUUACCUCCUACGUGUGCAUGGGAAGAUCGUGGAGAGGCCGCAGCACAUGAUCAUGCGCGCGGCCUGCGGCAUCCACAUGGGGGACCUCGAAGCCGCGUUGGAGACGUAUGACUUGAUGUCGCGGAAGUUCUUCACCCAUGCGACGCCGACCCUCUUCAAUGCGGGGACUCCGAAGCCACAGAUGUCCUCCUGCUUUCUGCUGAAGUUGCAAGAUGACAGCAUCGAAGGUAUCUACGACACCUUGAAGCAGUGCGCUUCCAUCUCCAAGUCUGCCGGUGGAAUUGGCGUGGCAAUCUCGAACGUGCGUGCCAGCGGCUCUUACAUUCGCGGCACCAACGGCCACAGCAACGGCCUCGUACCCAUGCUCCGCAAUUUCAACGAGACGGCGAGGUAUGUGGAUCAGGGCGGGGGCAAGAGGAAGGGCUCCUUCGCUAUGUACCUGGAGCCCUGGCAUGCGGACGUUUUCGAUUUCCUGGAGCUUCGAAAGAACCACGGCAAGGAGGAGCAGCGUGCCCGCGAUCUCUUCUAUGGGCUCUGGAUCCCGGAUCUCUUUAUGAAGCGGGUCAAGGACAACGAGGACUGGACACUCUUCUGCCCCAACGAGGCCUACGACGAGGAGAGCGGCAAGGGGCUCAUGGAUUUCUGGGGCCAGGAGUUCGAGGAGCUGUACACACGCCUGGAGAGGGAGGGCAAGGGCCGCAAGACGGUGAAGGCACAGCAGCUUUGGUUCCGCAUCCUCGAGUCUCAGAUGGAGACAGGCACGCCCUACAUGUUGUACAAAGACCAUGCGAACCGGAAGUCCAACCAGCAGAACCUUGGCACGAUCCAUUGCUCCAACCUCUGUACAGAGAUCAUUGAGUACACUUCGAAGGAUGAGGUGGCAGUGUGCAACCUCGCCUCAAUUUCGUUGCCAGCCUUUGCCAGCUCGGAUGGCAGCUAUGACUUCCAGCGACUCUACGAAGUGACGAAGGUGGUGACCCGAAACCUGAACAGAGUCAUUGACCGGAAUUACUACCCGGUGGUGGAGGCACGCAAGUCUAACCUCCGGCAUCGGCCUGUGGGCUUGGGCGUCCAGGGCCUCGCUGAUGCUUUCCUCAUCAUGAAGCUACCCUUCGAGAGCGAGGCCGCGAAGCAGCUCAACGAGGACAUCUUCGAGACGAUCUACUUCGCGGCCUGCGAGGCAUCCUGCGAGCUGGCGGAAACUUGCGGGCCUUACGAGACCUACGAAGGCAGCCCUGCCAGCAAAGGUCUGCUGCAGUUCGACCUGUGGGAUCGGAAACCACGCAGCGGGCGCUGGAACUGGGAAGGCCUGAAAGGCCGCAUCGCCCAAUUCGGACUCCGGAAUUCUUUGCUUGUGGCACCCAUGCCAACGGCCAGCACAGCCCAGAUCUUAGGCAACAACGAGUCCUUCGAGCCGUACACACAGAACCUCUAUGUUCGACGAGUGCUUUCGGGCGAGUUCGUGCAAGUGAACCGACACCUCCUCAAGGACCUCAUCCAGCGCGGUUUGUGGAACGAGGAACUCCGCGUUCAGCUGGUCGCCCACAAUGGCAGUGUCCAAAAGAUGGACCUGCCGCAGGAUCUCAAGGAGCUGUACAAGACUGUCUGGGAGAUCAGGCAGAAGGUUGUGCUGGACAUGGCUGGAGACCGUGGUGCCUACAUUGACCAAUCGCAGUCUCUGAACAUCCACAUGACGGAUGUGACCACUGCCAAGCUCUCCUCCAUGCACUUCCACGGCUGGCAGCUAGGCUUGAAGACCGGCCUGUACUACCUCCGAACGAAGGCAGCUGCAGAUGCUAUCAAGUUCACCGUGGAUGUCCAGAAGCUCGGCAAGACCGCCAGGUCUGACAAGUCAUUGGCCUCUGAUUCAGAUGCCUCCACGGCAGUGUCCGCGACGAAAGGCUUGGAGGCGAUCGAAGCUCUGAAGGCUGAAGGGCCAAAGUACAGCUGCGUGAAUUGCAGCGCGUGUGUGAAGACCACGAGUGCCUUGUUUCUCCUGAUCCUCCUGUGUUUCACCGGGGACCUGAUUUUCCAGAGAAGUGGCAUUUUAGCUGGCCCACCUGGGAAAGGAUUCUGUAAAUCUCUGCGUCCUUCACCGACUGUCGCAGUUCCCCGUGCCAUGGCGCCGAUGUACGUGGUCAAGAGGGAUGGACAGAGUCAGGAGGUGAAGUUCGAUGCUAUCACGCGCCGCAUCAGAAAUCUUUGCGAUGGCUUGGACUCCCGCUUCGUGGACCCCGUGCCCGUUACGCAGAAGGUAGUGGAAGGCUUCUACAACGGCAUCUCCACAUCGGAGGUGGACACCUUGGCUGCCGAGACAUGCGCAUACAUGUCACAGAAGCACCCAGACUUCUCCACUUUGGCCGCACGCAUUGCUGUGUCGAACCUGCAUAAAAACACAUCGGACUCUUUCUAUGAGACGUGCAAGAUCUUGCACAACUACAUCGACAAGCAGGGCAGGCCUGCGGCUCUUUUGGCCAAGGACGUUUGGGAGUUCAUCCAGGCCAACGCGGAGGCUUUGGACCAAGCCAUCGACUACAAGCGGGACUUGGGCUACGACUACUUCGGAUUCAAGACCCUGGAGAAGUCUUACCUCCUACGUGUGCAUGGGAAGAUCGUGGAGAGGCCGCAGCACAUGAUCAUGCGCGCGGCCUGCGGCAUCCACAUGGGGGACCUCGAAGCCGCGUUGGAGACGUAUGACUUGAUGUCGCGGAAGUUCUUCACCCAUGCGACGCCGACCCUCUUCAAUGCGGGGACUCCGAAGCCACAGAUGUCCUCCUGCUUUCUGCUGAAGUUGCAAGAUGACAGCAUCGAAGGUAUCUACGACACCCUGAAGCAGUGCGCUUCCAUCUCCAAGUCUGCCGGGGGAAUUGGCGUGGCAAUCUCGAACGUGCGUGCCGGCGGCUCCUACAUUCGCGGCACCAACGGCCACAGCAACGGCCUCGUACCAAUGCUCCGCAAUUUCAACGAGACGGCGAGGUAUGUGGAUCAGGGCGGGGGCAAGAGGAAGGGCUCCUUCGCUAUGUACCUGGAGCCCUGGCAUGCGGACGUUUUCGAUUUCCUGGAGCUUCGAAAGAACCACGGCAAGGAGGAGCAGCGUGCCCGCGAUCUCUUCUAUGGGCUCUGGAUCCCGGAUCUCUUUAUGAAGCGGGUCAAGGACAACGAGGACUGGACACUCUUCUGCCCCAACGAGGCCUACGACGAGGAGAGCGGCAAGGGGCUCAUGGAUUUCUGGGGCCAGGAGUUCGAGGAGCUGUACAUACGCCUGGAGAGGGAGGGCAAGGGCCGCAAGACGGUGAAGGCACAGCAGCUUUGGUUCCGCAUCCUCGAGUCUCAGAUGGAGACAGGCACGCCCUACAUGUUGUACAAAGACCAUGCGAACCGGAAGUCCAACCAGCAGAACCUUGGCACGAUCCAUUGCUCCAACCUCUGUACAGAGAUCAUUGAGUACACUUCGAAGGAUGAGGUGGCAGUGUGCAACCUCGCCUCAAUUUCGUUGCCAGCCUUUGCCAGCUCGGAUGGCAGCUAUGACUUCCAGCGACUCUACGAAGUGACGAAGGUGGUGACCCGAAACCUGAACAGAGUCAUUGACCGGAAUUACUACCCGGUGGUGGAGGCACGCAAGUCUAACCUCCGGCAUCGGCCUGUGGGCUUGGGCGUCCAGGGCCUCGCUGAUGCUUUCCUCAUCAUGAAGCUACCCUUCGAGAGCGAGGCCGCGAAGCAGCUCAACGAGGACAUCUUCGAGACGAUCUACUUCGCGGCCUGCGAGGCAUCCUGCGAGCUGGCGGAAACUUGCGGGCCUUACGAGACCUACGAAGGCAGCCCUGCCAGCAAAGGUCUGCUGCAGUUCGACCUGUGGGAUCGGAAACCACGCAGCGGGCGCUGGAACUGGGAAGGCCUGAAAGGCCGCAUCGCCCAAUUCGGACUCCGGAAUUCUUUGCUUGUGGCACCCAUGCCAACGGCCAGCACAGCCCAGAUCUUAGGCAACAACGAGUCCUUCGAGCCGUACACACAGAACCUCUAUGUUCGACGAGUGCUUUCGGGCGAGUUCGUGCAAGUGAACCGACACCUCCUCAAGGACCUCAUCCAGCGCGGUUUGUGGAACGAGGAACUCCGCGUUCAGCUGGUCGCCCACAAUGGCAGUGUCCAAAAGAUGGACCUGCCGCAGGAUCUCAAGGAGCUGUACAAGACUGUCUGGGAGAUCAGGCAGAAGGUUGUGCUGGACAUGGCUGGAGACCGUGGUGCCUACAUUGACCAAUCGCAGUCUCUGAACAUCCACAUGACGGAUGUGACCACUGCCAAGCUCUCCUCCAUGCACUUCCACGGCUGGCAGCUAGGCUUGAAGACCGGCCUGUACUACCUCCGAACGAAGGCAGCUGCAGAUGCUAUCAAGUUCACCGUGGAUGUCCAGAAGCUCGGCAAGACCGCCAGGUCUGACAAGUCAUUGGCCUCUGAUUCAGAUGCCUCCACGGCAGUGUCCGCGACGAAAGGCUUGGAGGCGAUCGAAGCUCUGAAGGCUGAAGGGCCAAAGUACAGCUGCGUGAAUUGCAGCGCGUGA